CCUUCUCUGACGUGUUGUUGUGACUGUUGACUGUGUGAGUGAGUGGGUGAAAGAAGCGGCCCAGCGAUCUCCACCAGUCCCAAGCAUCACCUCAGUACAGUCACUUCACCAUCACAAGCAGUACCUGGUAACCGUACAACCACACGUCCGUACCCUGUUGUUCUACACGGUGGUGCACUUGGCGCAUCAAAAGAGUGCAGUGAUGCGCGGCCGAGGCGAGAUGAUGGUGAAGAGUAGGUUGACGGCCGUAUGUUUUGCCUCGAUGCUGGUGGUGAUGGUGACACCCUGGCCCAUAUUACCACACCCCACCACAGAUGUCCUCGCCAAGUUCCUCCCUCCUAAUACUACUGACGAAGAGCCACCGAUCGACUACUCCGAGUAUUAUGACAACUUCAGUGACGUAGACAUCAUGGAUUAUCACUUUAUUUUACUGAAUCCUGAUAGAAAGGGUGCAGAGACUGAUGAUAGAGUUGAGAAGAGAGAGAACCCCAAAGGAGACAUUAAGAGCUACGAGGGGGUUGACGAGAGAAAUGAGAGAGAACUUACGAGCGAGGGAGAAAGGAGGAGAGACAAGAGACAAGACAGAAAGGUCACUGGAGGAAAUAAAAAAGACGAGGGAGAAGAGAGAAGCGUAGGAGAACAUAACAACAAGAGAGACGAAGGAAAGAACAAGAGAACCACCGAUAAAAUCAAGAACCAGAGAGAAAAAGAAAACAAAAGCCAAGGAGAGAUAUCGAGAGACAACGAGCUUCAAGAACGUGAGAUAAUUGCUGGCAAGAAUAUCAGUGGUCAGUUGUACGAUGGGGAUAUAGAGAUUGACGAGACCUUGUUGAAGUACAUCUUACCCGACGAAGAUCAAAUGCUCUCUGCUAUUAACCCGUAGGUGCUGUGGGAUGCUGUGGGAUGUUGUGAGAUGCUGUUUGAAUUUGUGGGAUUUUGUGGUAUGCUGUGGGAUGUUGUGAGAUGCUGUUGGAUUUUGUGGGAUUUUGUGGUAUGCUGUGGGAUGUUGUGGGAUGUUGUGGGAUGCUGUGUUGUGCUGUGAUAUGUGGUUCGUACUUUGAUGUUUUACAGGAAGUAUUCUCUAUUGUUAAUACCAUAUAAGGGUCAUUUAUAACACACACACACACGCCUUGUUAUGAUGCUUCCUACGUUAGGCAGAACAUGAAAACAAUCUAGAUCAACAUUGUAACUGAAUACCACGUAAAGUCUCCAUAAUGCCACAGGUUGAAACAAUAAUCACAGAACCUAACCUAACCUAUAUACCAACUUUCACUAAAAACCAGUUCAAUAAUAAAGUCAUU